CGCGCAUCUCUCUCUGUUCGGCGCCCCGAUGUCGAAGGCUGGUGACGCGGUCGCGCCGCUCCUGCCGGUGGAGCUCCGCCCGAGCGAGACGCCGUCGGCCUCGGUUCCCGGCGCGGUGUUCAAUCUAGCGACGACCACCAUCGGGGCCGGGAUCAUGUCGCUUCCGGCCGCCGUGAAGGUGCUCGGCGUCGCCCCGGCGCUGGUCCUGGUGGUUGCCGCCGCGUUCCUGGCGGACGCCUCGGCGGAGUUCCUGAUGCGCUAUAGGGGUGCGGGCGGCGCGUGGUCGUACGCGGCCGCCAUGGGAGACGCAUUCGGCCGCGCCGGCUCCGCCGCUUUGCAGAUCUGCGUCGCCCUCACUACCGCCGGAACCCUCACCGUUUAUCUCGACAUCAUCGGUGACGUGCUCUCGGGUAGCCAAUCGGAGGGCGCGGCGCACGCCGGGAUUCUGCAGGAGUGGUUCGGCGAGCAGUGGUGGACAGCGCGCGUGGCGGCGCAGCUCGUCGCCGUCGUUAUUGUCAUCCUUCCUCUGGUCCUCCUCCGCCGCGUCGACUCCCUCAAGUUCUCGUCGGCGGUGUCGGUGCUGCUGGCGGUUGUGUUCAUGUGCAUAAGCACCGGCAUGGCGCUCUACGCCCUAUUCCAGGGUCGGACGCAGAAGCCCAGGCUGCUCCCCGACUUCGCCCACCUCUCCUCCUUCCUCGACCUCUUCACCGCCGUCCCCAUCAUUGUCGUCGCCUUCACCUUCCACUUCAACGUUCACCCGAUCCGAGCCGAGCUCAGCGAGACCUCAGACAUGCAGGUGGCCGUCCGUCUCUCCGUCCUGCUCUGCUCCGCCAUCUACGCCGCGAUCGGAUUCUUCGGCUACCUUCUCUUCGGCGAGGCCACCAUGACCGACAUCCUCUCCAACUUCGACCGCGACACCGGCUCGGCCUUCGGGAGUCUUCUCAACGACGUGGUCCGCCUCAGCUAUGUCCUCCACCUGGUUCUCGUCUUCCCGUUGCUCUUCUUCUCGUUGAGAAUCAACGUCGACGAGCUCCUCUUCCCCAAAUCGAGCCACCUCUCGUCGGACGCUCGCCGGUUCACGCUGCUCACGACGGCGCUGCUUGGCUCCAUCUACCUGGGCUCAGUCCUCAUCCCGAGCAUUUGGACUCUGUUUCAGUUCAUCGGGUCGACCACUGCGGUUUGCAUCUCGUUAAUUUUCCCGGCGGCUCUUGUUCUGAGGGACGUUGAAGGAACAGCAAAGAGAAAGGAUCGGUUACUAGCCAGGGGGAUGAUACUGGUGGCUUUGAUUACCAGCGCUAUAGCUAUAGGAUCCAACAUUGUUGCAUCUUUCCAGCCACGGGAAGUAAGAGGAUCUAGGCGUUGAGUGAUUGAUAUUAGAGCAUUCAUUCGUAAUCCAUAGAAGAUGUUGUAAAUUAUACCUAUCACUUUUAGGGGGCAUUUGAUUUGGGUGGUGAAUAGGAAUAUAUUUGAUAAUAGAUUGAAAUGGGAAUGAGUGUAGCUAUUUUGAUAAUGUUGUUUGAUUUAUAAGUUCGGUUUUGGUAUUAUUUUUUAAAUAUCAAUUUAUUUUUCAAAACUUUUACUAAGAUCUUAUAAUAAAUCAAUAUAUAUAUCUCCUUUUCCUGA